CUCUCGUCUGCGUUUGCACCCCGCCAGUCGCCAGUCCGGGAGGAAGUGCACGCCUUCUAUAUUAACCCCGCCAUGUCCUCCUCUGCUUCGCCCUCCGACUCAAUCAACAGCGUCGCGCCACACAGACCAGACAGCCACUCUCAGUCCCCCGUCCGCUCUCCCGUACAGCGCCCAGCUAUCCCACAGUGGCACGCGCACUCCGGUCCGCAGCAGCACUCCCCCGCGUCUACAGACAGCCCCAGACACCCGACGUCUUCUGUCGAAGACGACAGCACGAAGAUCCAGCUGCCGUCCAUUUUCAACUCCACUGACAGCCACUUUCGCAACGACCAGCGCCGCGUUUCUGUCCCAACCCUCCAUCCCGAGGCACUCGCCCGCCAGAGGCAGUCCGCCAUUGCUCUCUCCCGCACACCGCCGUCCACGAAUAUUCCUUCCGCAUUGGCGUCCUAUCAGUUCCCCAACCAAUCCUCGGCUUUCGUCGACGACGUAAACAGGUCCACUCGCACCAGACUAGGCUCCGAUUCUCAGCUCGACCCUUCGUUCGGUGACUCGUCCUUACUGCAUAACGAUCAUACUCUCUCAGGCGCCACACAGUCGGCCUCCUCUUCCUCCUUUCCGUCCGUGUCUUCAGCCCCAUACAGCACGCCUCUCUCGUCAGACUACGCUCUCUCACGCAGCGGCCACGCUCUUCCUUCCGUCCAGUACGGUGACUCGGACCAGUGGAGUCCCGCGAGCAACACGUCUUCGCUCUCCUUGCCCGGCGUAAACCGACCUACCUCUUCUCCAGGAUCGUCCCUCUCGUUCAAAUACGACGAUUCCAUCCGUCACUCCUCUCUCUCUGGAUCUUACAACUUCCCAACUGACGCACAUCCGCAAACAUCCAUGUACGGAAACGCCGCACGCAUCUCCGGUCACAGCGAUCGCAGGGCCUCUUAUGCCCAGUCAGCCCCCGAUAGUGUCAAGGACGAGUGGGGCUUCAGCCAGCCAGAUUUCCUACUACCCUCGGCUGGCCAAGACAGCGGAGGUGGCACGCCAUCUCCCUCGCGCUCGCCAAGUGGCGGUCCGGCACCCACGCCUCCCACCGUCGAACGCCCACCACAAAAGAAGCGGGGGAAACUCCCGAAACCAACGACGGACUUUCUGAAGGACUGGCUUCACCGCCAUUCCGACCAUCCUUAUCCGAGCGAGGAGGAGAAGAAGCAGCUGUGCGCGGCGACAGGGCUGAGCAUGAGCCAGGUCUCAAAUUGGAUGAUCAACGCCCGACGGCGCAUUCUCGCACCGGCUCAGCGUUCAUCGACCGGACCUGCGAGCACACAUCCCCUUCCCUCACAGCGCGGGUCUAUUCCCCAUUCAUCUGUCUCUUCUGGCUCGCUGCUUUCUCGAGACGGUCGUCGAGCAUCGAUGCCGACCGAUAAUCUUUCGUUGUACACCCCCCUGUCUCUCCAAUCACUCUCCCAAUCUCAGCAGGGUUCUCUGGGAUCGGAUCCUUACGCAUCUUCGUAUCAUCAGCGCAAUCUCAUCAUGAACAACGCAGGAUAUAACCGUGGCUCUUCCUCGAGCGAUUACGGCUAUACGCAGCAGCAGAACAACGUCAACACCGGCUACACCUUCCCUACGCCGGCUCAUAUGGCCUCUCAGCAGUACGCCUCGUCGAACGUGUCGCACGGCAUCCCGCUCAGCGCCGCCUCUGCCCCCCAACAAUAUCUCUCGUCGCAGUCACAUAGUGGGCACGGCCACGGCCACGGGAUUUCCCUUCCUUCGUUAUCCCACCAUCAUUCUGGCGUAAAUAGUCAGGGUCUCUACGCUCAGCAGCAAUAUCAUAUGUCGGGGAGCGUGGAUCGCGACGGCCUCAGUCCAUCUCCAGCGAGCGGUGUCCACCCUGGCUACCAUACGCAACAGUAGACCGUCGUCUUCGUGACCAUCGAUGUUGGGCGGAGGUGUCAUGCCUGCGGUAUCUGAAGAGGGCGACGAGGCCUUCACUGGUACGAUCUUUGAUAAUGUAAUAUGUAUUGACGGACCCUUAGGUCGCGCAACGCCUGAAAUUUCCAAUUUAUCAGACUUCAUUCGUCACUCGAUUCAGCAUUCGGACUCCAUUGUCAUCUUUGCUUUAUUUUCACCUGCUUUUGAUUAUUUUCGAUUCGCUCCAGUCCUCUAUCUUGACCAUCAUUGUAUCCCGUGUGUGCUUUCUCGACUUUUGCUUAUUCUUGCAUCUCAAACUGCAUCAUUAUCCAUCUGUCUGUCGCCGCUGUUGUUUGACUGCUUUCUCGUCACUACGAAUUUCAUAGUCUUGUAUCUCCCUAAAAUUCCCUGACAUCGCUUUAUAUAUUAGAUGACGCUCGCCCCACGCACGAUAUAACAUACCCUUCUGCUCCAUAAUACGCCCCUCCAUUGUUUCUCGCCCUUUCCCGAUAUCUAGCUCUCCCAUCGCAUGUAAUCCUUGUUGCUGCACUGAACUACACCACGCC